AUGGCUGAGCUCCAAGCCAGUAAAGAAACAGUUCCAGUUGCAGCUCCGGUCCCAACUCCGGCUCCGGCUCCGGUUACGGCGGCACCUCCACUAUCUGUGGCUCCGCCGCCUGAUGUUGCUGAUAAGAAAGCUGCUGCACUACCACCACCACCUGCGGCGGAGGAAACAAAGGCUCUUGUUGUUGUGGAUAAUGAGAAAACACCAGAUCCUGUUAAAAAGAAAGUCUCUGGAGGAUCCCUUGAUAGAGAUGUUGCUCUUGCCGGAAUAGAGAAAGAGAAAAGAUUAUCUAAUGUGAAGGCAUGGGAAGAAAGUGAAAAAUCCAAAGCAGAUAAUAAAGCACAAAAGCAGCUAUCUACUGUUGCUGCUUGGGAAAACAGCAAGAAAGCAGCUCUAGAAGCUCAACUCAGAAAAAUGGAGGAACAAUUGGAGAAAAAGAAAGCAGAAUAUGGUGAGAGAAUGAAGAACAAAAUAGCUAUGAUUCACAAACAAGCAGAGGAGAAGAGAGCAAUGGUUGAAGCAAAACGCGGUGAAGAAAAUCUGAAAGCAGAGGAAAUAGCUGCAAAGCAUCGUGCAACUGGAACCAUUCCAAAGAAACUUCUUGGAUGCUUUUGA